AAUUAUAAUAAUGAUAAAUGGAGGAGUUGAUGAAAAUAUAAUAACCAUACAACUGAAAAAAAGAAAAGUUAAGCGAAGCUAAACAAUUUAGUCUAAAAUAAAAUCACAAAACAAAUUUGAAACCGGAGCGUAGUGGGGGAUUUAGUAAUAGUUUACAUAAAUAUAUAUACAUAUCCGAAUUAUUUAACGUUCGGAAGUUGGAACACAUGGCUGCUGCUAAGCUGCUUAUCCCCACUCUCUCCCACUUCCGGCCGCUAACAUGCGCUGCCGCCGUCUCCGCUACAAACCCAGCGCGGCUAGUCCCUCACCCACCGGACCUCCUCAAGUGGAUCAAGAGGGAAGGUGGGUUCGUGCACGAGGCUGUAACAAUUACCCAGGAUACAACCUACGGGCUAGGUCUUGUCGCCUCUGGAGGAAUCCCCAAGGGUUCUGAUCUUAUCGUCCUCCCUGAACACGUUCCCUUGAAGUUUCAAUCAGACAAAGACGAUGAGGCUGACUCUGUUUUGCUCCCUUUGUCUAACCGAGUUCCAGAGGAACUAUGGGCAAUGAAGCUGGGUCUGAAGCUUCUACAAGAAAGAGCAAAGGUUGGAUCCUUCUGGUGGCCAUACAUUAGCAAUCUUCCAGAAACUUACACUGUACCAAUCUUCUUUUCCGGUGAAGAUAUAAAGAACUUGCAAUAUGCUCCUUUGCUUUACCAGGUGAAUAAAAGGUGUCGUUUUCUUCUGGAGUUUGAGCAAGAGGUCAAAAAUGUUCUUAAAAAUCUUAAACCAAGUGAACACCCUUUCGGUGGCCAAGAUGUGGAUGCAUCUUCCCUUGGAUGGGCUAUGUCUGCAGUCUCAUCCAGGGCAUUUCGUUUGUACGGGAAAAAGCUUCCAAAUGGAACCCACAGUGAUAUUCCAAUGAUGCUCCCUCUGAUUGAUAUGUGCAACCAUAGUUUCAAUCCAAAUGCCCGAAUUUUGCAAGAACAAGAUGCUGGGAAUCCAAAAAUGCUGAUAAAGGUUGUAGCUGAAAGGGAAAUCAAACAAAGCGAUCCUUUACUUCUGAAUUAUGGUUGUCUAAGCAAUGACUUUUUUCUACUGGAUUAUGGAUUUGUUAUACCAUCAAAUCCGUAUGACCAUAUCGAGCUCAAAUAUGAUGGUGCUCUUAUGGAUGCUGCCAGUAUGGCUGCUGGUGUUUCUUCACCCAAUUUCUCAUCACCAGCUCCAUGGCAACAAGAAAUUCUCUUUCAGCUUAAUCUAGAUGGAGAAGUUCCAAAUCUCAAGGUAACCAUUGGAGGUCCCGAAUUGGUAGAGGGACGUUUAUUAGCUGCUUUACGAGUUCUACUAUCGAAUGACAGAGAAAUGGUGCAGAGGUAUGAUUUGAGUGUCCUAAAAUCCUUAUCAGCCGAAGGUCCCCUUGGAGUUGCAAAUGAAGUAGCUGCUUUUCGUACCAUUAUUGCACUCUGUGUCAUUGCACUGGGACACUUCCCAACAAAGAUAAUGGAUGAUGAAUCUCUCCUAAAACAAGGUGUCUCGGUUUCAACUGAGUUAGCAAUACAGUUCCGGAUGCAGAAGAAAUCCGUGAUUAUAGAUGUUAUGAGAGAUCUCACCAAAAGGGUAAAGGUUCUUUUAUCAAAGGAGACCACUACUGCUUGAGGCUAGAUUUCUUGUGGUAUGUAAGCAUUCAACUCCCAUUUGCUCGUUAUUUGACACCUUGUUCAGGUUAAAAGAUUUGCCCUUUGGUUUUUGCGAUUUAACUUUCUUUUUUAUCCAUGGAAAAUUUUGGGAGGGAGUUAAAAACAGAUGGGUAGUUUGAUGAUCUAUAUAUUUAGGUUCAAUUCCCAAAGAAUUUGGAUUUGGUUUCAUUUUUGCCAAAUCCAGUUAUUGAGCGUGUAGAGUUCAAGUUAUCAAACACUUGCGAGACUGAUCCUUUUUUCUUCUUAAGAUAUAUUUUCUAUUUUUUUAUUUAAUAUUAAAAAUCUCAUCUCGAGCUCGAAUAUAAAUAA